AUGUCAGAAGUACCCUCAACCCCAUUGAAUAGACCUUCAGCUACUUCCAGAGACGCCUUUUAUAUGCCUAAUGUGUUGCCAUUACCUCGUUUGAGCCCGUAUUGUACUGAAGAGAAUAAUAUACUUCACCACCACCCUUCAUUGUCGAAUGUGAUAAACCGAGUACCUCAGGGGAGUAUCGGGCCCUUCACUAGGGAUGAUGACUUAAUACUCCAAGGUGAAGAAGUUACUGAUUACGGGUGGAGCAGAGGACUGGCUCGCUCGAGAGGGAACAAUGGCUCAAGGAGCCUUCAUCAUGAACAGAAGAAGCUGUUUUCUUGCUCGCUUGCCGCAAUUCGAGGUUAUAUAUACCAUAUCGCCAAGGAUCAACAUGGCUGCAGGUUCAUGCAGAGGAUGUUUGAUGAGGGGACUUCCCGGGAUGUGCAGAUUGUGUUUGAAGAGAUAAUUGACCAUGUAGUCGAGCUCAUGAUGAACCCGUUUGGGAAUUAUCUCAUGCAGAAAUUGCUGGAGGUUUGUACUGAGGAACAGAGGAUGCAUAUACUGUUGAGGGUGACUGAGGAAGCAGGAGAGCUCGUUAGGAUCUCUCUGAACACACAUGGGACUCGUGUGGUACAGAAGUUGAUCGAGACGCUUAAAACAAGGCAGCAGAUAUCAAUUGUUGUUUCGGCCCUUGAGCCGGGGUUUCUUGUCCUUAUAAAGGACUUGAAUGGUAAUCAUGUUGUGCAGAGGUGCUUGCAGUGCUUUUCUGCAGAGGAUAGUAAGUUCAUUUUCAUAGCUGCUGCCAAGUACUGUGUUGAUAUAGCAACACACCAGCACGGGUGCUGUGUUCUGCAGCGUUGCAUCAGUCAUGCGAUUGGCGAGUAUCGAGAAAAUUUGGUUCAAGAGAUUUCAGCAAACGGGCUUCUGCUUGCUCAGGAUGCUUACGGAAAUUAUGUCGUCCAAUUCAUUUUGGAGCUUAAGAUCCCGUCUGCAACAUCCAAACUGACAUCUCAGUUUGAGAGUCACUAUGUACAUCUCGCUCGACAAAAAUUCGGCAGCCAUGUUAUCGAGAAGUGUCUUGUGGUGUGUGAUGAUGGAAUCCGGUCAAAGAUCGUUCAAGAAUUGUUGUCAGCAGCGUACUUUGAACAGCUGCUCCAGGACCCACAUGCAAAUUAUGUCAUUCAAACAGCUCUUCGUGUUACUGAGGGCCGUCUUCAUCAUACUUUGGCCGAGGCAAUCGAAUCUUACAAGGCAAUCUCACGAAAUAGUCCCUACUCGAAGAGGAUCUUCUCUCACAAGCUCUUGAAGAGGUGA